GAUGAUUCUUUUCGAUUCUUCUCUUGUGCUUCUUACUCUUACUCAUAUUCUCACCGUUACAUUUUGCCUUCGGGGGUAAUAUAAAGGUGUGCCGUCGAUCGAGUUUGGCCUUUCGGCAGUAGUCCAGGAAAAGGAGCACCAAAAUGGGUUUAUUUGGUUCGAAAAAUAAAGAAACGGGAUCUUCCCCUCAACCCUCAUUCUCAGAGGAUCAAGAAGCCGCUUACAAGGGAAAUAAUAGCUAUGUACCAGACAUUCCAUCGGCGGAGGGUCAACCAGAAUUCGAUGAAUUGCACGUGGUUUGUCCUUCGCAUACAACGGAGGCCAAACUUAUGCGAAAAAUCGAUUUACGUGUGAUUCCAUUUUUAUGUAUCUUGUAUCUUUUGGCCUUUUUGGACAGAGUCAAUAUUGCCAAUGCCAAAUCUUUCAAACUCUCAACAGAUUUGAAAUUAACCGGCACUCAAUACAAUACCGCUUUGACCAUCUUCUUCGUCCCAUAUGUCUUCUUCGAGAUUCCGUCGAAUAUCCUCAUGAAGCGCCUGAAUCCAAACAUCUGGCUUUCAUCCCUCAUGUUCCUUUUUGGCCUCGUAAGUAUCUGUCAAGGACUCGUACAAAAUUUCUCCGGUCUCCUCGCAACCCGUUUUUUCCUCGGUCUAUGCGAAGCGGGUAUGUUUCCUGGCUGUUUCUACCUCAUCGGCAUGUGGUACAAACGAUCCGAAGCCCAACGUCGUUACUCCUUCUUCUUCAGUAGUACCACCUUAGCUGGAGCAUUCGGAGGUCUUCUCGCUUCCGGUAUUGGAAAAAUGGAUGGAUUAAGAGGAUAUUCCGGUUGGCGUUGGAUUUUUAUCAUUGAAGGAGUCCUUACCUGCGUUGUCGCCCUAGCAUUCUUCUUCCUCAUUCCUUCAUUCCCAGAAGAUGCAAAAUGGCUCACUCCAGACGAAAGAGCAUAUGUAAAAGCUCGUCUCCAAGUAGACCAAGGAAGAAGCGCAGCAGAGCGUAAAAUCACUUUCAAAGACGCAUGUAGGGUCUUCAAAGACUACAAAGUCAUUCUCGGAGGUUUCAUGUAUUUCGGCAUGAUUAUCCCAGCCUACGGAUACGCAUUCUUCGCACCAGGUAUCAUCUCCACCUACGGUUACUCCCCAAUCCAAACACAACUCCACAGUGUACCUCCAUGGGCGUGCGCAUUCGCAUUCGCAAUGUGCAUUGCAUUCGCAUCGGAUUUCACACGUCAUCGAUUCGCCUUCACCAUCGCGCCGAUUUGCGUCGCAAUCACCGGUUUUGCUAUCCUCCUCACCGUUCACGAUAAUACCAAACUUCAAUACGCUGCGCUUUUCCUCGUUGCAAUGGGUGCCUACUCCGCCAUGCCCGUCAUCGUCUGUUGGUUCAACAUGAAUCUUGGCGGUCAUCACCGUCGCAGCGUGGGCACGGCGUGGCAAGUCGGAUUCGGUAAUAUCGGAGGAAUUAUCGCUACCUAUGCUUUCCUUGCUAAAGAUGCCCCGGAGUAUAAGACGGGAUAUGGAAUCUGUCUGGGAUUUUUAUGUUUGAGCGCCAUGUCGUGUUUGCUUUAUUUCGUGGCGGUCAUGUUGGAAAAUCGCCAGAGGGAUAGGAGACCUAGGGAUUUGGGUCUUACGGAGUAUGAGAAGACGGAAUUGGGAGAUUUGAGUCCGGAUUAUAGGUAUUUAUUGUGAGGGGUGUGUGACAGUAGUGAUGAUGAUGAUGAUGAUGAUGAUAAAUGGGGUUGGGGAAAGAAAAUGGAAAUGAAGUAUGAAAAGAUAAGAAAGUGGAUUAAUGGGAAAUGUAAUGAAAGGAUAUGAAAGGAUAUGAAUCAACAUGUAUAGCACGAUCGAUCAAUCGAUCGAUACUAAAAGUUAAUAGCUGGCUGGGAAAACUUGGGUUUAGUUUUAGUUUUAGUAUGAGGGGAGGGGAGGGAAGUUUAGUAAGUUAAAGUA